AUGAUGUUUUUGAUGGUGAAACCCAAGGGAAAGAAAGUCAAAGCCCGAACUACGGAAGCGAGUGUUCAACACGAGGAGCCAGAGCACUCAGAUGGGCAAUCUCAUACUAGAGAGCAGUCCAAAACUAGGGAGCAAUCCCAGUCUAUGGGGCAAUCUUAUUUUGAGGGACACUCACACUCUGGUGGAAAGUCUCGAACAAAUGAGCAAUUUAUCCCAGAUGAUGCAGGUUCAAUUCCGCAAAUAGCGGUGGCUAUGGAAACUAUGGCUAAAACUAUGCAACAGUCAGCUGCUAACACGCCUAGGGGACCCUUGCCCCCUCAUGAAGAGAGUGAAGACAGAGCCUUAGAUAGGUUCUUAAAGUUUCGACCACCACGUUAUAGUGGAGAUGAAGGCAUUGAAAAGACCGAGAUGUGGUUGGAGGCUCUUGAUGAUAUCUUUGAGGUUCUGGACUAUUCAGAAGGGAGGAAGUUAAUUGGUCCAAAAGCAUGGUUACAACCCAAGAGUGAUAUUGGCAAGGACUCUGUUGAGAAAAGGAAGGUCAUUGAAGUAAGGAAGCAGCCCACUGGAGGAUCAAGAACGUUUUGCAACUACUGUAAGAAGCCCAACCAUACGGAGGCUGAAUGUUGGUCCAAGCUCAAGAAAUGCUUAAGGUGUGGGAGUGGAGAUCAUCAUAUUCAGAAUUGUCCAAAGCUGAAAGAGAGUACUGGAAUUUUGCAAAAGGAGUCCAACGAAGGUGGGGAAAAACCAAAGGUUGCUGCAAGAGUAUUUGCGCUAGGACACCAGGAGUUGGAUUAUGACACAAAGGUGGUGGAAGGUACACCUGAUGAUGACGAAAAUCAAGCCAAGAAUUUUCCCAUUAUGACAGGAUUUCAUCAGCAAUGA